AUGCUCGUCAAGGUGGUUGAAGGCAUUGCUGUGACGGCGGACAGGGUCGAGGGGCUGCGCGCCUGGGAUCUCAAGAGUCGGAGUUUGAUCGCCCAGAUUGCCACUGGCGACCACGGAUCUGAUGCCGCGCCGAGCUGCAUCGCCGUUGACGAGGCCGAGCUCGAACGCGGGAUUUUGGACAUCGCUUUGGGCUUCAGCGACGGAAGUUUCGGCCUCUGGAGACUGUUCGCCAACAAGAAGCGCCUGGAGCGACGGUACCUGCAUGAAAAGUCGAGCAACGGCGAGCUGAUUGCUGUGGCCCUGUCGUACCCGUAUCUACUCACGGCUACCGGGGAGGUUCUGGUAUCUCUCUACACCUUCGACGUUCCCAACGCUGCCGAGACUGGGCAGGUAACGCGGCAGAAACCUAGCAAGUCGGUCCCCGGGAGCCAGGCAGCCGAUAAGCUGCCUCCGCCCUACCUGCUGACUUCGCUGGAUUCUCGCACUUCCCGCCCGCCCCUGGCAUUGUCAAUCCGCCGCGUGGGGAAGACCACAACAAUUGCAUCUGUGGCCUAUACCUUCUCUACCCGCCGGGGCUGGUCGAUCGGAAUUCAAGACUUGCACAUUCGCCAGCCCACCACGGAUUCUCUUCUGGCCGCCCCGGACAUCAGCACUACCCGGAUAGCCUACACCACUCCAGUGGAAACGGCUGGUCCUUCCCAUUCUCCGCGCACUCCGCCAGCAACGCCUCGGCCUCGGCGUGGUCUCGCAGCACCCGCGUCUUCGCCUACAUCCAGCCACGCCGACCCCGAGGCCAUAGAACCCGGCCCGACGACCCUCUGCUACACGCAUCCCUACCUUCUGGCCACGCUCCCGGAUAACACGCUCGUGCUUCACAUGUGCACGUCCAAUGCCUCCUCGCUCUCGAUCUCGGACGGCAUCCGGCUGUGGGGCCACACCUCCGGGAUCAGCGACGCCGAGAUCACAGCCCGCGGUAAGGCCGUCAGCGUCAGCACCCGCGGCGAGGAGAUGCGCGUGUGGGAGCUCGAGGGCCGGCUGGCCAGCAGCGGCGCCGGCAGCCGCAGCGUCGAGAUCCGCCCGUGGCAGUCGCCGGGCAGGGGCGGUGCGCCGGGCGGCGGCCCGGCCGGCGACGGCCUCCACGCCGGCGACCCGGCGCGCGACUGGGACGAGCGGCGGAAUUGGGUCGGUUUUGACGACGAGAUGGUCAUUGUCCUCAAGGAGAGGGAGGGCGCGAGGGAGAGCCUGAUGGUUUAUGACUUCACCUGA